GCAGAACCAAACCCUUCCAAAAGCGAGAGGAAGAGAGAGAGGCAGCUCAUUUCUGUUCCAUUCAUAUGGGAAGAAAGACCUGGGAUGCCCAAGAAAGAGUGGAAACCUUUCAGCCGACCGGUCGAGCCUCCUGCGCCACCUCCCAAGUUCGUCGUAUCCGUCCCCUUCGGAUGGGAAGAGAAGCCUGGGACGCCACUCCCAUCCUUCACUCAACCUCCGAAACUAUUGACCAUUAAAUAUGGAAACUGGAAUGAUGAUCAAGGUGACAGUGAAGGCGAUGAAUCAUCAGAGAUGGAGCUUGACACGUGCAGUGUGGGCACUGAUGUCUCCUUCUGCUCGGCCAAGUCCCUCCUAGCCAAUGCCCCAAUAUCAACCACAAGCGCUGUUCCUGUUCAGCAAACUUGUCUUGCACUGGUGACCACAGAUAAUAGCAGACUUGUGCAGAGUCCUGGUUCGCCAGCUUCUGAAACUGACAGUACCUGCAGCGCGAUCUUGGUUGGAGCUUCCUUCUUGGAGUGGCUCUUCCCUCUGCUGGUGUCGAAUUCAAACAUCACGAACAAGAUAGGCUACCUGGAAAAGGUUCCUUCUCAGGGGAACGAUGUGCAAGCUAUAGAGUAUCAGCGUGGCAGCAACUGCAGUCAAGCCAGAAGGCCGCUGCUCACCCUUGGAGAGUUGAUUAUGAUGAGCCGACGACAGAGCUGCCAAAGGAAAGUCAACAAAAUGCAUAAGCAGCAAUCCAUGGACUUUAUGAGGGGGAAUGCCUUUGGUUGCUGCAUCUUUCAGUCUGGAAACGGAAUCAAUCGGUUGCCGCUCAAGUGGAAGAAGAGACAGCUGCAGCUUAAAUUGAUGUGAAAUAUCGCCUUCACUAGAAGAUUAAGAUCAGCAUGUUCCUGCUUUACAUUUAAAUGUUCAUGUUUCUACUAUUAUGAUGUUUCACCAAAGGAAAUGUUCCCAUUUUCUAAUGUAUUCCCAACGGAGUAUCUUGUUUGUACUUUCCCCUAUUUUCUAAGAGAGGUAUUUUAUAAUUAAA